GCUCGCGGAUACCCUCGGGGCCAUCGCUAUACCCCGCGCGCGCACCUGUCACACACUCUGCUCCCGAGCUCGGUCCAUGCCGUAGCGAGUGAGUGAGAGCGUGUCACUCAGCAGCUCCACCCCUCCGGUAACUACACCCAGCUCAGAUCCGACCGAACCCGCACAUCAGAUACAUUCACGGUUAUACAGGUAUCCCCCUCAACGUCACUACCGUGGCGAAAAGUUGUUUUAGGUCUUUAUGUUGGGAUUUUGAGGGAACUUACUUGGUAGGGUCUAAACGGUGAAAAUGAGAGUGAGGAUGAUUAAGAUGAAGAAUGUCUUAGGGUUUGAGUCUAGCUGGACGUACUGGACCCUGUUUUUUCUCUGCGUUCUUGUGCCGCUCCCAGCGCGCGCAGAUAUCACUUGCACCUCGUGCUUUGCUCCAAUACGCCGGAAUGAGGCACAAGUGAAGGCAACGGCUUUUGUCAGCCGUGAUUUUGGAAGUGUACUGGACGGCAGCACUGAUAAAAACUGGAAGUGGGGAAUUGAUGGAGCUCAACUUUCCCUUGAAGCGCACAUAAAGUCUCCUUCUGUGUCCUGGAAAGAGAAACCGGAGAGCUCGCACAUUUCCCAAGAGGAACGGGCGAGCCCAGCUGAGAAAAAAGACGGAAAAGUUAAUCCAACAUCGUCUCCAGAGGAAACUAAAGUAAACAGGAGGGACAAGCGCAGUCUGUUUCCGUCUGACAGCGCGGCCGGUUCUCGAUUCGAAUUCAGGCGUACCGGAGGAGUUGACGGUACCGGGAAGAGUCCGAGGCAGAAUGAACCACACCUGAUCACGUCCACCUUUGCGUUGUCUGGAGAUUCUGCUCAUAAUCAGGCCAUGGUGCUGUGGUCCGGACACAACAGCAGCGUGAUCCUGAUUCUGACUAAACUGUUCGACUUUAACCUGGGAACCGUGACGGAGAGUUCGCUCUGGAGGUCUGUAGAUUUUGGGAUGACAUACGAGAAACUGACGGAUAAAGUGAUGAUCAGAACCAUGCUGAGCUAUCUGUACGUCUGUCCGACCAAUAAGAGGAAGAUCCUGAUUUUAUCUGAUCCGGAGGUGGAGAGUAGUUUACUUAUCAGUUCAGAUGAAGGAGCCACUUUUCAAAAGUUCAAUAUUAACUUCUAUAUCAUGAGUCUUCUGUUUCACCCUACGCAGGAGAAUUGGAUACUGGCCUAUAGCCAUGAUCAGAGGCUGUAUAGCUCGGUGGACUUCGGUAAAAAGUGGAUUCUUGUUCAUGAGAGAGUAACUCCGGGGCGAUUCUACUGGGCACUGAGUGGUCUGGAUAAAGAGGCAGAACUGGUGCACAUCGAGGCUCGAACUGACAGUGGACAAAUGCAGUAUAUUACCUGCCGAGCACAAAAGUGUUCAGAGGAGGGUAGGCAGUAUCCAUUCAGUGGCCGAAUUGACACGAACUCCCUCGUAGUGCAGGACCAAUACAUCUUCUUACAGCUAACUACAGCAGGAAGAACCACAUACUUUGUGUCCUAUCAGCGAGGGCCCUUUAGGACCAUACAGCUCCCUAAAUACUGUCUACCCAAGGACAUGCACAUUGUCAGUACAGAUGAGGGGCAAGUGUUGGCAGCAGUUCAGGAAUGGAAUGAAAAUGACACCUACAGUCUGUACAUCUCUGACACACAUGGAGUCUACUUCUCCCGCUCGCUCCCAAACCUCCGUACCUCCCGUGGUCUCGCAGGAAACCUCAUUGUGGAUGUCUACAAGGUGUCAGGUGUUAGUGGGCUAAUCAUAGCCAAUAAAAAAGAAGACAUGCAGAUGAGGACAUAUAUUACCUACAACAAAGGCCAGACAUGGAGAUUACUACAGCCUCCUGCAAAAGACACUACAGGACAUGACAUCAACUGCAACCUGCCGUCGUGCUCUCUGCACCUUCACCUGCAGAUGUCUGAAAACCCCUACACACCUGACACUAUCUCCACCAAACACUCUGCUCCAGGGAUUAUAGUGGCCACAGGUAACAUUGGGCCCGAGCUUUCCUUCUCUAAUACAGGAAUGUUCAUCUCCUCUGAUGCCGGCAACACAUGGAGACAGAUUUUUGAAGAGGAGCACAGUGUGUGGUUUUUGGAUCACGGAGGGGCUUUAUUAGCUGUUACACAAUCUGCUGUACCCACACGCCAUUUAUGGAUUAGUUUGGAUGAAGGCCGGCAGUGGGACAAACUCAGCUUUUCGUCUACACCCCUAUUUGUUGAUGGGGUUUUGAUGACUCCAGAGACUGAGAAUCGCAUCAUUACAUUCUUCGGGCACUUUAGUUACCACUCCGACUGGCAGCUGAUAAAGAUUGACUACAGCUCCUUGUUUGGGCGGAAAUGCACAGAUGGAGACUUUCAGACAUGGCACCUCCAUAACAAGGGCGAGCUGUGUGUGAUGGGAGAGAGACAGGUGUAUAUGAAAAGGAAGCCUGGCACACGCUGCACUCUGGGUCGGGAGUAUUCUCGAGUCGUUUCAGCUGAGUCCUGCUUCUGCACUCUCUAUGACUUUGAGUGUGAUUAUGGGUUUGAGAGACAGGCCAGUGGAAAAUGUGCACCUGCAUUCUGGUAUGAUGUCAAUUUACCAGCGCACACCUGCAGCUAUGGACAGCGCUUCCGCAACAGCACAGGGUACAGGAGAGUGCUGUUGAAUAACUGUAGAGAAGGUCUGAUGGAUACACUGAGUCCCAGAAUGCAACAGUGUAAACCCAUAGCACCAAGUGGCCUACAACUGAGCACCAUCAACUCUCAGCUCACUGCUGUACUGGGAACAAACAUCACCUUCAGAGUAGCCUUGCAAAAUGGUGACUCAUUGUCUACAAGUCUCCAUGUGGAUUUUGGAGAUGGCACCUCAGUGUCAUACUCCAAUAUAAGUCGCCUUGGUGACAGCAUCACACACACGUACAAGGUUGCUGGGAUAUUUAGGGUCACCGCACGUGCUCAGAACAGUCAGGGGACUGACAGCAGCUCGGUCUAUCUGCACAUCACUAGUCCCGUGGAGCGUAUCUUUCUUUCGGCACCAGUGGUCGUCAUCAGAGGAAGAGAGGCCAACCUGACAGCAGUGCUGUGGCCCAGUCAGCCCAGGACCGCUACCUUCUACUGGUGGUUCAAUAACAGCACAGAGGGCCUUGAAAGAGACAGCUCUAGGAUUUCAUCAAAAAUAUUCAAUUUGUGUUCCAAAGAUGAACAAAGGUCUUACAUUUGGAACAACAUGAGGCCACUGAUCACACUGGAAGGAAGUGUUUCACACACGUUUACACGAGAGGGACCUAACUCUGUCACUGUACAGGUGUCGGCAGGAGGCACAGUCCUACAGGAUGUGAAAAUCAUCGCUGUCAGAGACUUCUUCCGUUCUUUACUGCUUUCAUUCUCUCCUAACCUGGAAGAGCACAACCCAUCGGUUGCCGAGUGGAGACAGGAUGUGGGGCGUGUUGUCAGGGCAACGCUCUCUCAGGUUUGUGGCUUCCCUGAGGACCAGUUGUUGGUCUCUGUGUUUCCUGGAACUCCAACUGCCGCUGAGCUCUUUAUCCUACCUGAGACAAACCAGUCGGCAUUCAGAUCACACAUAGGGGAACAGCUUGAUAAGAUGUCGGAGGUCUUCAUGAAUGCUUUAAAUCAGAACCUGAUACAGUUUGAUCUGAAGCCUGACACACGGGUCACUGUGUCUGUGUCUCAGCUCACACUGGCACCUCUGGUGGACUCCAGUGUUCUCCCCAGUGGCUCUGCCAUGCUGUUACUGGUUUCUCUGGGCCUGGUGGGAUUGGCCAUUCUCUUCAUCUACAAGUUCAAACGUAAAAUCCCAUGGAUCCAUGUGGAGACAGAGGAUACCCAUGAGAAGGAGCCUGAGAUGAUCAGCACUGUCGGACAGGAGAAGAAUGGCAUGCAUACAACAGCCACUUCGUUCACUUCGUGCAGCACACACACCACACACACACCGUUUCCCUCAAACACUGGAACACACAACAGCUUCAGCCAUCUGCCACCUCCGAGAGAACUGAUGGAGAAAGAGCUGGAGGCUCAGAACCCAGGAGGCCUUGGGGUUGGAGAGCGGCUUAGGACCAGACAGAUACCAAACUGCACCAAUGUCUGAAAUGAAGGAAGGUUUGAUGAUGAAAUAUCAAUUGUAUUAGAUGUAUAAUUAUAACAUUUUAUCCCUUAACUUUUCCUGUUAUUGUGGUGCUUAUGCCUUUUUAUUAUUGUGGUGUUUUACAUUUGAGCUCUAUAAAUAAUCAAUUCCUUAAGUGUUAAUCAAGGUAUUAUUAAUUACAGGUGUAAAUUGAAUCAAAAUCUCUACCGAAAACAUUAGAAUUAUAUUUUAUCAGCGCUUAAAGGAUUAGUUUCUUUCACCCCAAUACAAUUCUUUCUUAAAGUGAUCAGCAAAAUUGAUCUAUUCUUCCUAAGCAGGGGCACCAAGUUUCUUUUGUAAAAGUAAGAGAUCAUUCUCCGCAUGCUAACUUGUAGAUAUAUUAAGAUAAACUGCCUCACAUUUGUAAACAAACAGCUCACUUUUAGAGAUCAAAAAACAUAUAUGCUACACUUUCAUACGGGAAAAUCAAUAUUUAAUCAUUUGAAAUAUGCUUAUAGCUUUAUGUAUGUUCAUAUUUAUGCUUACCUCAUCUGAAUUGAUAGUGUCUCUGAGAUGUUAAGAGGUCAUAAGGAGCAUGGUUUUAGGAUCAAGUAGAUGUACAUGGCACAAAUAGAGGUUGGUACCUUCAUCUGUGUAGAAGCCUCAUCUGCUGUACGUGUCCAUUUGUGCCUUGUCAAUGUGUAUUAAUAUUGUAAGAUGGCAACAUAUUCUUAAUUUAGUUAGUAUUCACAAUACUAUAUUCCUAGAAGUAUACUCAUUUGGGGUGCAUGUUUCAUCGCUGCUAAUAGCUGACAGCCAGUUUUAUAUUUGACUGUGAACUGAAAGUCACUUUAAUCUGAAUAAAUGUAUUUUUACAUUA